CCGCCCCCCCGGUGACUCCACGCAGGCUGUGGUUCGGGACCCAGAGCAGCCUCCGGCCAACCGUGGGAUGCGUGCACUGCCCGGUCUCCUAGGAAAUGAUCUCAAGUCUAUCAGCCAGCUUUUCAACGUCACGGCCGCCACAGUGGGCUUGGGGCUGCUGCUUUUUGCCUUUCUGGGGAUUACGAUGGUGCCAAACAAGUCCCUCUUGCACAGUGCAUCGACAUCAACCUGCCGCGUCACUCCCCAUGAUAUUGCGCGGCUGUACGCGGUGGUAGGCAUGGGCCUGGCCAUCGCCAUCACGCAGUACCUUGCGUCGCUGCUCGGCGCUUCUGAGAAGGAGGAGACGGCGGAGCUGCGCCGAGUUAUCGUCUUCAUCGCUGCUGUGUCGCAGCUGGGACUUACCGUGUGCUUCUUCUGGAGCCUUAUGCUUGCCGUGUCACUUCGGAUGGGGAAGGCGCACUGCUGGCCACAGGGCACGAUGGCUGCGAUGCUGACCGGGAUGGCCAUCUCGUCCGUGCUGAGCGUGUACAUGUUGUACAUUGGCAUUGCGUGCGUCUUCGGGGCCAACACCAAUUGACAGCCUGGAUGUGCAUGGAGUUCUUCAUAUGGCAUUAUGGCUUCACUUCUCCAUAUAUAACUAGUACUGAAACUCGAUGACCGGUUUG